AUGGGUAGUGCACCUUCAUCCUCGAUCCCGAAUUUCGACGCAAGAAUUCGAACAAAGGCUGGACACAAGUUUCGAAUCUCAUAUCAUGAUUUAGUUGAUCACAUCUUAUUACUUGGUCAAGUGAUUGCUCAACCAGAAAUGACACAAGAAGGUCCAACAUUGGAUCAUUUUAUUAAUGAUUAUUGUAGUCGAAUGGCACAACAAAACAUGACAAACAAGCAUCAACAAAUGAAACUUCCAUUGGAAACUGAAUGGAUUUGGCAUGUUCAUCGUCUUCAUCCUUUAAAUUAUCUCAAUGAUUGUACCAAACAACUUCCAGGUAGGAAACUUAUUGAUAAAAAAGUUCGUGAAGUUCUAAAAAAUUAUGGACGUAAACAUAAUACAAAGGCCGUGUCUCCAUCGACAAGUAAAAAUUUAGUAUUUGUUCCAUCAGUCGAUUUGAGAGAAGCUGUUAUUCGUCAACGUGAUUUUCUUGAGAAGUUUCAACAACAUUAUCUUUAUUCUUUUGACUUAACGAAGAUGGAUCGUUCACAGUUUGAACAUCUGGUACAAAAUUAUGUAUCAUUUAUGAAACUGGCUGAUAAAAAUGAAAUGAUUGUACCAACUUUUGAUAUUGAUUUGAUAUGGCAUACACAUAUGAGAUAUCCAUCACAAUAUCAAACUGCGUCAACAUCUUUAUGUGGUUUUAUUGUUGAUCAUAAUGAUGCAAUUGAGUCAAAUACUUUAACAAAUGCUUAUCAAAAAACUGCUAAACGAUGGGAAAAGAUUUACAAAAUUGGAUAUGGUCAGAAUAUUGAUCGGAAACAUCUACAAACAUCACAAUAUAUGAGUUCAUGUGCAAUGGUUUUCGUACCAUGUCACGUUUCGAGUGGUGGUGGAGCCUCGUCAUGUGGAGCGAUUGGGGGCAGUUGCGCAUCAAGCUGUGGUAGUGAAGGCUGUGAUGGUGGAGGCCAUGGUGGAGGCCAUGGUGGAGGUCAUGGUGGAGGCCAUGGUGGAGGAGGUUGUGGAGGUGGGGGCCAUGGUGGAGGAGGUUGUGGAGGUGGAGGCCAUGGUGGAGGAGGUUGUGGAGGAGGAAGCUGUGGUGGUGACUGA